CAUUUGGCACAAGCUCCGUCACUGCUGCGUCACGUCCGGUUUAUCCUUUCCCCUCCGAGUUCUCAACAUGGCGCCACUAAAACAGAAGAGGCCAGCUGUGAGCAAAAAGGCCAAAAAAGGAGCUUCAUGGAAGUUCACCUUGGACCUGACCCACCCUGUGGAGGAUGGGAUUCUGGACUCUGCAAACUUUGAAACCUUCCUCAAAGAGAGGAUAAAGGUCAACGGAAAGACGGGGAACCUUGGUAACACUGUCCAGGUCGGCCGCAUGAAGAACAAGAUCAACGUGUCGUCUGAGAAACAGUUCUCCAAGAGGUAUCUAAAGUACUUGACUAAGAAGUACCUGAAGAAGAACAACCUCCGUGAUUGGCUGAGAGUUGUGGCAUCCGAUAAGGAGACGUAUGAGCUGAGAUACUUCCAGAUCAGUCAGGACGACGAGGAGUCGGAGGCAGACGAGUGAACAGCAAAUUCACAGCUGUGUGAUUGGAGAAUAAACAUGAAAAAGAAA